AUGCAUGUUAGCAGCUAUGAGUUCUUUCCAGACAUAACCUAUAAUAUUGGCAUUGUUAUUUCUAUCUGGGAUCCAAUUGUCAUGUUACUUGUGAGAGAAGAUGCUUUGGCUGAGUUUAAAACAAACUUGUUGCAACAGAACUUGAAAAUAAUUCAAUCUCUUCUUCUUUUACAAUUACCAGGUGUUCAAGAGAAGUUAAAGAAACAAAUUAAAGAAGUGGAACUUGCACAAUCGAAAGAGGUGUCAUUACACUGGCCUGGCAUGGCAGAGAGUGUUAAAGUUAUUGGUGGAAUCUAUGUGGCCUUCAGCCACUUGGGUGAGAUAAGGACACUUGGCAUGCUACAUUCGAGAUUUAAAUGGGUUACUUCAGCUUUUUGUGAACACCUUGUGCCAAUGCAAAAAGAGGAGCCUAAAAGAUAUCAUGGAGAUUAUCACACAAGAUGUUAUGAAUGAUGAUCACAAGUGGUGAGGCUUUGCUUGCUUUUGACUGUCAAGGAAUCUGCCAUUAAUGUGCCUAGAAAUUUCAAGUAUCACCUUAUAUAUGAGAAUGUCAAAUCCUCCAACUGUCGGUAACAUGGUCUCAUAUAGGAACUUCAGUGUUUUGACUCCAUAUGUUCUCUAUUCAUAAGAAGGAAAAUGAAGAUGAAAUUUCAAUUAUAUUUUAGCUCCAGAAGAUAGAAGAUAUAUCCAGGUGUCUGUUGAUAUUACUUUUGACUGUUGUCCCUUUAUUUAGAAUCAAAGAACGUGAAGUUUGUAACUGGAUGUUGAAUAGGGCUGGAAUGCAAUUAAGAAUGGCCACUAGGAAGGAGUCUGGGUUUGGUAUCUUGACAUCUAGUACGGUUGUAUGAGUAAUCUAGUAUGGUUGUAUGAGGAGAUCGUAUGGUGUAUUAGAUGGGUGUGUGUUUGAGAGGAUUCAUAUCAAGUACGGUUGUUUAUGGAUGUAUUAGAUGUGUAUAUAUGCCGUAUUAGAUGAUUGUAUGUGAUGGCUGUAAAAAGUAGAUAGGAUACAUAUAGUACGGCUAAAUAGCCGUACUCUAUUAGGCAUGUAAUCUAAUACACCCCUCUACUAAUACGCCCUCUAUGUACGUACUAUAUUCAUAAUUUCAACCGUACUCUAUUAACCUUUUUCUA